UAACACCGCCCAGUGGGAACGAACAUGAUAAUCCAUCGAUUCUGGGCUGUCCGCGAAGCAAGGGAGAAAAAACAGCUGAAAAGUUUGGGAGCGAGAGGGUAACAAACCGUGCCAGGUGCUUUAAUAGACAAGAUUGAAGCUUUUUGGGCUCUUUGCCCCAAUUUUGGAUUACGAUAUGGACGCUUUGAAAUCGGCUGGAAGGGCAAUUAUUCGGAGCCCCAGUCUCGCAAAACAGUCAUGGGGUGUGGGCAGGCAUAAAAAGCUGCCGGAGAACUGGACGGACACGCGGGAGACCCUGCUGGAGGGCAUGGUGUUCCAGCUCAAGUACCUGGGCGUCACGCUGGUGGAGCAGCCCAAGGGCGAGGAGCUGUCCGCCGCCGCCGUCAAGAGGAUCGUCGCCACGGCCAAAGCCAGCGGUAAGAAGCUCCAGAAGGUGACGUUAAAGGUCUCCCCGCGAGGCAUCAUCCUCUACGACUACGCCUCCGGCCAGCUGAUGGAGAACAUCUCCAUAUACAGGAUAUCUUACUGCACAGCCGACAAGAUGCACGACAAAGUCUUUGCCUACAUCGUCCAGAGCCAGCAGAACGAGACCCUGGAGUGUCAUGCCUUCCUCUGUACCAAGAGGAAAGUGGCCCAGGCGGUGACUCUAACCGUGGCACAAGCCUUCAGAGUGGCGUUUGAAUUCUGGCAGGCUGCCAAAGAAGAGAAGGAGAAGCGGGUCAAGUCUGGCUCGGAUGGGGAGGGAGCCAGCAGUUCCCAGUCUGAGAGUUAUGCAAGCCUGGCCAGUCUGAAAGGAGGAGAGGUGGCCACAGGGAACCUUCUGGACCUGGCGGAGGGGGCCAACAUGGCACUAGUUCACUCAGGGAGCGAGGCGGACUCCUUCACGGUGCACAAUCAUGCCACAGAGAACAACAACAUUGUCUGGGAGCUUGAGGACGGCCUGGAUGAAGCGUUCUCAAGCCGCAGUCUGGAUAGUUUUGAAUCGUACUCAGACUCGCUGAGUCUCGCAAUAACCCCCAGGUCCUGGACAUUGGGGUAAACCCUCAGGACUUGAACACUGAAGAGUGCCUGUCCCCUAGCAACUGGGACAAAACAGACGGAGACAGUGCUGAGAAAGACGACAUGUUCGGCUUCUAAAAGGAGAAAAACGAACGCAGCCACGGAGAGGAAGAAGAGAGGGAGAGUGCAGGAAACUAGAGAGAUGCGGAUGAAAGGAAGAGAGGCGAUGAGGGAGACUGGUAGCAUCAAUGGUGUUUUGGACUUGAUCCCUGCUGCAGACCUCGUAGUGGUGCCACCUGGUGGCUGAGGAAGUUAUGGUGUCUAACUGACCAAGGGAGGCCAGAACCUGAUGGCCCCAAGAACUCAAACCAAAGCAAUAUCAACUCAAUGUGUUAUUUGUUUUCUUCAUCAACCAUACCAUCAUCAUUUUGUUACAGUCCACAACAAAUUAAAUGUCAUUUUUGGUUGCCCACUGUAUGUUAUGCUAUGUACUGUCUGUAUUUUAGUACACCAAAUUAUGUAUAUGUAUGUAUGUAUGUAUAUAAACAACAGGGAGGUGGGGAGGAAAGGUUUAUCACUAAGGCACCAUUUCACAUGGAUACAUCAACAUGGAUUUAAAUGUCAAGACAUCCCUGGUCAGGUGUGAUGUAUAACUUCCAGAAGGGUUUUGUUGUGAUGUUUCCAUUAGUAUCUGUGGAUGGAGUUGUGACUUACUCAAAGGGACAGUGUCACUGGUGAUUGAUGUGAAGCCAGUGAGUAAAGCCAAAAAUGAGCAGGGAACAAAUGUGGUUUCUGUCAUCUGCUCUGGGCUCAGUGGUCUGCCUCUUGGGCAUAAAGGCUUUAAGAAAACGUACUCGCAGUGUGCAGUAUUGUAUGACUAUUAAUUGAGUGUGUGGACAUGUGUGUUUAUGUGUAUAAAAAAAGACAAUCAUAUUUUUUUUCUAUUGCAAGAUCUAUUUUUGCACUCUUCAUUCCUAUCCAAAGCACAUAAUUUCAUGUUGGGGGAAAAACAUUAAUUUACCAUCAAGCUCACUAUACUGUAUGUACCAUUGUUUUGUUUGAUAAGGUUGCUAACAAAUAUUUGACUAGUUAACAUCAUGGGGGUGGGGCAAAGGACAUGUGGGUUGAUGUUUUUGAUAAGAUCAGUGUUACUUUUUACAAUUUUGUUACAGUUUGAAAUUAAUUUAAAUACUUUCAUUGAAUAUGUUGCACCCAUAUACGAUAGAAUUCAAUAAAAAAAAUAUUAUAAGUGUGUCCCGUGAACCCCAAAAAACACAUUUUUGUCUGACGUGAAUGCGUGUCUGUUCAAUGACAGGCAAUAAUUUGAUGACGACAGUUACAAGUGCAUGGUGGAGAACUAGCAGUUCAGCAUAGUAAUCGGGAGCAGAAAGAAGGCAGAAGUCGAAAAUGAAUCAGCCAAGCUCUUCCAGCUACAGAGCCAGACAUGUCUUUAAGAGACCAUGGGAUGAAGACUCUGAUUCGACCUCUGAUGACACUUUAGAGACUCCCGUCAAAAGGACCUACAAUUCAGGAACUGUCUUCCCAGACAGUGUGUGUGUUCCUGCCUCCACUUCUGUUCCCCAAACAAUACCGCCUCUUGAGAAGAAUUCAGUCUGGGAUGGGGGAUAUGACUCUCCAUGCCUUAGUGAGGGGGACAUAGUGUCAAGCAGUUUAUCUCCACGUCAUUCGCAGGUCUCUGAGAGCCACAAGUCGGAUCCUGAGGAGGUCACACUCGAUCUGGGCUUUGACUGUGAAGCUGAGAUCAUGUACUUGAGUCCUGUCGUAAGAAGAGGCUCUGAUGAGCUGAACACCUUCAAACGAAGCUAUCAGAGUUUUGAUGAUGAAGACUGUCAUCAGAAACCCAGUGGGUCUAGUCAAAGUCUUGAACAGGGGGCUGGGUAUAGAAGGGGGAAAGAAGAGAACAAGGGAGAGCAAGACAAAAAUAAAAAAAUUGACAAAAGUUACCUUUUUAUGGCCGGCAUUAAGGCCUGUAGAGUGGGAAAAAAUAUCAGGGAUUCAUGCCUUCAGCCCCUGGACACAUCCAGCCCUCUGGUUAGCAGGAGAGAGAAUAUGCCUAGUCCGCUAUCCUGUGUAGAGGGUAAGCCCCUACUUACCCCUAAGACCAACAAGAGCCAAGCUGAAGUGUUUGAACAAUAUUCCUCCUUUACGUUAGAGGACUGUUCUUACAGCUUGUUUGAUACAGGAGAGGGUACGGAAGGUACUGUUGGUGGUCCUAAGAGUGCCACAAUGGCACCUAGGGCCAGAGCAGUUUGUGCUGAGACCAAUGCAGGUAAGGGGUGUGGUCUUCCUUCAGUCCAGGACUGUCCAGUCUCUUCUGUAGAUAAAAAGGUUACCAUGGAGAUUAGCAAAAGGAUCACCAGAUCUAUGCAACCACAGAUUCCAUCUCUGGUUCAGGCAAAGUCUGAGAGAGUGGCUCCAAGCCUGAAAAGUAACAACAUCAAGCCAGCACUUAACAUCACUCAACCCCAACCGAAAGAGAUCAAGACAGUUACAACUCAGCUGAAAGCCAUCCCUGUACAAAACAAUUCUGUACAAAAAACUAUCCAACCAGGCCAGGCUGACCAAAGACUGGGAAAUGUUAACCAACCACCCAACGAAACUACCAAUCCAGUACCAAAACAAAUUACUGAGCCAUUAUCAAAACAAAUGACCAAGCCUGUAUCGAACCAAACGGCCAGGCCAAUACCAAAACAAAUUACCAAUCCGGUACUAAACCAAACAGUCAAGCCGGUACCAAAACAAACUAUCACAACGGCACAAA